CAUUGUGUUCCUUUACUAUAUACUACAUGCAUCUCUUCUUCUUCAUGUCCUUCUUUCCCAAGCUCCACCCCCUUGGUCUAAAGACUGCGGCUCGGAAAGGGCCAAACUCCUGCCCUGCAGACCACAACUUCUUUGCCCUUCUGUGGCCUCCAACUAGCCAUGCUCCUUGACAAUACCACAGAUAGGUCACAUGAUUUCCGCUGCGCAUGUGAGUUAGGUGGAUUGCCAUUGCUGGCUUUGCACUGAGGACAACAACCCACUCAGCUCGUUUGUAUAUAAAAAAUGGUGUAUGCUCUCUCCUUCAACCUAGGACAAAUCCCAUUACAGAAAUUCAACAUAAAGGACCAACCUCCCUCCUCUACCCCCAACCACGUGUGCCCUGCUGCUGACACAGUCACCGCCACCACACACAUCUAUACACAGACACCGUCGCUGACAGCCUCCUCAAAACUUUCUUCUUCCAGUGUAGGCAUAAGAGCAUGAACCAGGGACUGCUCCAUCCUGGGGGCCGGGCAGCUUAAUGGAAGUGAAAGAGAAGUUAAGAGAAUAAUAGUAUAUCUUCCUUUCUCUCCCUCCUCCUAAUUCUUCUGCCUUUUACACCAUCUGAAAUAAUUUUCAUCACGGCUGGACUGCUUCUUUCCCCCACCCUCUCGGCAGCCACAGCUUUCCGUCCCCUCAGCCACUCCCUAUGUCUCCUUCCUGUGGUAUCUCAGCUCUCCUCACGGCUUCCCUUGAGGGCCAUGGGGCUUCUGACACAGGGCUCCCCGAUGAGCUGGGAUAAGACACAGCAGCACGCGGAACAUGUGCACAAGCAUGGCAUCCUCCAGUUUUUGCACAUCUACCGAGCUGUCGGGGAGAGGCGCAAGGAUUUGCUCCAGUGGGGGGAUGAGGUAGAAUACAUGGUGGUAGCUUUUGACCAUGAAAAUAAGAGAGCACGAUUGUCCUUAACUGGAGAAGAAAUUGCACAUACUUUGCAAGACGAGGUUGAAAGGGUAGACUCAAACCAUCCAACUCUGUGGAAGCCAGAAUAUGGACGCUAUAUGGUUGAAGGGAUUCCUGGACAGCCAUAUGGAGAAACAAUGUCUGAAUUUAACACUGUGCAAGAGAACAUGAGAAAGCGUCGGCAGGAAGCGGCAUCAGUGCUGAAACAAAACGAAGCUCUUUGCACUAUAACAUCAUUUCCAAGAUUAGGUUGCCCGGGAUUUACGGUACCAGAGUGUGUCCCAACGCCUGUUGAGACGGGAGCCUCCAAGUCCCUCUUCUUCCCAGAUGAAGCCAUCAGCAAACACCCCAGGUUUGGUACUUUAACGAGAAACAUUCGUCACAGAAGAGGAGAAAAAGUAGUGAUAAACAUACCAAUAUUUAAGGACAGGAAUACCCCAUCGCCCUUUAUAGAAACAUUUCCUAAUGAUGAUGGUGAAGCAGCAAAAGCAGCCCUGCCUGACCAUGUAUAUAUGGAUGCUAUGGGGUUUGGAAUGGGCAACUGCUGCCUUCAAGUAACAUUUCAGGCUUGCAGCAUUUCUGAAGCAAGAUACCUUUAUGACCAGCUAGCCACAAUGUGUCCCAUUCUGAUGGCAUUAAGUGCUGCAGCUCCAUUCUACCGGGGCUAUGUGACGGAUGUUGACUGCCGUUGGGGAGUAAUAUCUGCAUCGGUAGACGAUAGAACCAGGGAGGAGAAGGGGUUGGAGCCAUUAAAGAACAACCGCUACAGAAUCAACAAAUCCAGAUAUGAUUCCAUAGACGCUUACCUCUCUGAAAGCGGUGAAAAAUACAAUGACAUUGAUUUGGCAGUAGAUAAAGAAAUCUAUGAGCAGCUGGUAAAAGAAGGCAUUGACCAUCUUUUGGCCCAACACAUUGCUCACUUAUUUAUUCGUGAUCCAUUGGUGCUCUUCGAAGAGAAAAUACACUUGGAUGAUGCAAAUGAAUCUGACCACUUUGAAAAUAUUCAAUCAACGAAUUGGCAGUCAAUGAGAUUUAAACCUCCUCCUCCCAAUUCAGAUAUUGGAUGGAGGGUUGAGUUCAGACCAAUGGACGUCCAGUUAACAGACUUUGAAAAUUCUGCUUAUGUUGUAUUUGUGGUGUUGCUGACACGAGCCAUUCUCUCAUACAAACUAGACUUUCUUAUUCCUUUGUCCAAGGUGGAUGAAAACAUUAAAGUAGCUCAGAAACGAGAUGCUGUCCGGCAGGGCAUGUUUUAUUUCAGAAAAGAUAUUUAUAAAUGUGGAAAUGUUACAGUGGGUGGAUGUGGCCCAGCUAAGAAUGUUCCAGAAACAGAUGCCGAAGAGUAUAUCUUAAUGAGCAUAGAUACAAUUAUCAAUGGGAAGAAGGGAACAUUUCCUGGAUUACUUCCAAUUUUAAACUCUUACCUUGAAAGUAUGGAAGUGGAUGUGGAUACAAGGUGCAGCAUUUUAAAAUUCCUGAAACUAAUUAAAAAGAGGGCAUCAGGAGAGUUAAUGACAGCUGCUCGAUGGAUGCGAGAGUUUGUCACUAACCACCCAGCAUACAAAAAUGACAGUGUGAUUACUGAAGAGGUGAAUUAUAGUCUGAUUUGGAAAUGCAACCAAAUUGCUGAAGAACAAGCUGAAUGCCCUGAACUGCUUGGAGCAUGCUUUAACAAAGUAAACUGCAAUGAAACUAAAACUGAUGCUUUUUGAUUAAAUGCUUUCAUCAGCUGUGGAAAGUAUAACACAUUCUUUGCUGGAGCAGUAGUUACAUUGCUGGUAAAUAUCUGCAGUUUUGUAAUGAGAAGACCAAAAUAGAUUCUACUUCAAUUUAAGAUGGGCCUAUCUGCCAGAAUAUUCUCUUAAAACUCCCUACAAUGGGCACAGUCU